AUGGCAUAUUCAGCUGGUUUUACUCCAUACUAUGUAGCUGUUCGUGAUUUUAAUAACGACACCUUGUUGGACAUUGUCGUCACUAAUGCCGAUAGCAACACUGUAAGUGUACUUCUAGGAUAUGGUAACGGCUCUUUUGCAAAUCGAGUAGCAUAUGCAACUGGCACUUAUCCAGGAUUUAUAGUUGUAGUUGAUUUUAACAAUGACACCGGUUUAGAUAUCGUCGUCACUAAUUUUUAUGACAACACAAUAAGUGUACUUCUCGGAUAUGGUGAUGGCUCUUUUGCAAUGCAAACGACAUAUUCAACUGGCGACAGGCCAGUCGGUUUAGCUAUCGGUGAUUUCAAUAACGACACUCGACUAGAUAUUGUUGUAAGUAAUUCUGGAAAUAAUACCAUAGGUAUAUUCCUCGGAUAUGGUAAUGGUUCUUUUGCAAGUCAAAAGACAUAUUCAACCGGUGCUUAUCCAUUCACUUUAGCUGUUAAUGAUUUUAACAACGAUACCCGACCAGAUAUAGUCGUCACUAAUUAUUAUGAUGACACUGUUGGUGUCCUGCUCCGUUAUGACAGAGGAGCUAUGAAAAACGAAAUUACAUUUACGCCCAGUACUGGUGCUCAUUUGACAUCCGUUGCCAUUUCUGAUUUCAAUAACGAUAGUCUAUUGGAUAUCGUCGUUGCUAAUUAUGGUAGUAAUAACCUAAGUGUUAUUCUUGGAUAUGGAAAUGGUACCUUUGGAAAUGAAAUGAUGUUCUCAACAGGAUUAAAAUCUCAUCCUUACUCAAUUGCAAUUAAUGACUUCAAUAGAGACGGUCAAGUGGAUAUUAUAGCGGUCAAUCGUGGUAGUAAAAGUCUUAGUACAUUUCUCGGCAACGGGAACGGAACGUUUGAAAGUCAAGCAAAUUACAGCAUUAGUUUCGAUUUCGCUCCAUUGGCUGUUGGUGUUGGUGAUUUCAAUAUUGUUGGACGUUCGGAAAUUGUUGUUGCAUAUGAUGAUACUGACAAUUUGGAUGUGUUUAUUAUAUAUGACAUCGGAGAUUUUUCUCGUCGAACGACAUAUUCAACUGAUCCUUGGCCAACUUCUGUAGCUCUUGGUGAUUUUAAUAACGAUACUCGACUGGAUAUCGUUGUCAGCACUACGUAUUACGAUAAUGUAAUUGUAUAUCUUGGAUACGGUAAUGGCUCUUUUGAAAAUCAAAUGACAUAUUUAGUUGGUAAUGAUCCAUACUCUGUAGUUGUUGGUGAUUUUAAUAACGACGCUCGAUCAGAUAUCGUCGUCACUAAUUAUUUGGACAACACUGUAAGUGUACUUCUUGGAUAUGGCAAUGGCUCGUUUGCAACACAAAAAACAUUUUCAGCUGGCUUUAAACCAUAUUUUGUAACGAUUGGUGAUUUUAACAACGACAGCCGACUAGAUAUCGUCGUCGCUAAUGAUGAUAGAAAUUCUGUAUCUGUACUUCUAGGACAUGGCGAUGGCUCUUUUGCAAGUCAAGCAAAUUAUUCAACUGGUUCUCGGUCAUUCUCAGUAGCUGUUGGUGAUUUUAAUAACGACACCCGACUGGAUAUCGUCGUCGCUAAUUUUGAAAGCGAUUCCAUAAGUUUACUUCUUGGAUAUGGGAAUGGCUCUUUUGCAAGACAAGUGAAAUACUCCACUGGCACUACACCAACAUUUGUGAUUGUCAGUGAUGUUAACAACGACAGCCGACUGGAUAUUGUCGUCACGAAUCGUGAUAACAACAGUGUAAAUGUACUUCUCGGAUAUGGUAAUGGCUCGUUUGCAAGUCGAAUGACAUAUUCAACCGGCAAUUUUCCAGUCAGAGUAGCAGUUGGUGAUUUAAAUAAUGAUACUCGACUAGAUAUUGUUACUAAUAAUUAUCGUGACAACACUGUAAGUGUGCUUCUAGGAUAUGGCAAUGGCUUUUUUGCAAAUCAAAUGACAUAUUCAAUUGGUACUACUCCAUUCGAUGUAGCUCUUGGUGAUUUGAAUAACGACGGUCGACUGGAUAUCGUCUCCCCUAAUUUUAACGGCCGAAGUGUAAGUAUACUGCUAGGUUAUUCCAAUCAAGCCUUUGUAAAACAAACGACGCUUAUAACUGGUAAUGAAUCUCGACCAAUGUCAUUCGCUACUGGCUAUUUUAACAGUGAUAAUCAACUAGAUAUAGCAGUCGUGAAUUCAGGUACUAACACCAUGGGCGUUUUUUUGGGAUAUGGUAAUGGAUCUUUCGCAAAUCAAAUGGUAUUUUCAACUGGCUCUACUCCAGUGUCUAUUGCUGUUGGCGAUUUCAAUAACGAUACUAUAUUGGACAUCGUCGUCGCUAAUUAUGGCAAUGACACCGUUGGACUAUUUCUUGGAUACGGUAAUGGUUCUUUCUCAAGCCAAAAGACGUUUAUGACGGGCUUCGCAUCUUUACCCUGCAUGGUCACUGUUGGUGAUUUCAACAACGACACUUCACUAGACAUUAUCGUCGCCAAUUAUGCCACUAACAAUGUAGGUGUGCUAGUUGGAUAUGGUAAUGGUUCCUUUGCUGACGUAAAGGUUUUUUCGACUGAUUAUGGAUCUCGUCCAUUCUCGGUCUCCGUUGGUGAUUUUAACAAUGAUGGAAAGCUAGAUUUCGCAGUCGCUAAUAAAGAUGCUGACAAUUUAAAAAUUUUCUUACAGACUUGUUAAUGUUGAAACUUCUAACUUGCGUUUUUUUUCUCCUAUUCACUGUUUCUAACUUCUUCUUAGUGCUACUAAUAUUUCUUGUAAGUUUUUUUUUACUAUUUAUCUCUUGAUUUAUAUAUUCAUAUAAACUAUGAGUGAGCGUUGGGAAGUGAAACCAAAUGUGACGCGUUCCUAUCUUGCUUGAAAGUCCCAUGAGAUAGUUUUGACUUCAUAUCAGUUUUAUGUUAAUUCACGAAAAUAGAAUACUCAAAUAGUUAGUGUGAUCGAUAUGAGAUGAGAUGUGUUUGAACAGCUAUCAUGAUUUGGAUUUAUGUGGAUGUUAUGUACAGAAAAGAGUGAUUAGCAAUGCAAUGAAAUAAGCAACAAGAAGAACAUCGUUCAUAUGCAUAUGAAACAAGAAAGAAAGUUCGUUUGUUUCUAUUCAAAAGAAAAAACAAAUUAAUCUUGAAAUGAAAUGAGAUAGAAAAAAAGAAGAUUAACCGUAUGAUAAAUAUGAAAAUUAAAAAAAACUACCAUGAUCUAGAUUUUCUUUCGCCUACGAGAAUCAUGAGAUCACAAAUAAUUAUAUACGAUUUUGAAAAAACACCAGAAUCAGAAUACAUUCUGUUAUAUGUCCAUCAAUGAAGUGUAUAUGAUGAUAAUUUCAAUGCAUGAAAGUGUGAACAGGUUUUGUAGUGAAUGCAGAAAUUACCAUAUCGCUCUUGGAAGGGGAUGGGAUGUGUGGAUUGAUAAAGAAAAGAUCGAUAUACCUGUACAAAUAGCCAUGCUCUACAAGUUAAAUCUCAGAGAGUAAUUCGUUACUUGCACCAAAUGUCUAUUUAACUCGCUACCAGUGAUCGACACCGGAAACAGAUGAACUUACAAGGUACUCUCAAUGGAACUCACCGUUCAUCGCUUUCUCAUUUAUUGAUUUAAUCGAAGUUCUCUUAAAAAGUUUGAUUAAAAUACAGAUCUAAAGAUAACAAUUUCUAGGCAAAAUGCUCUUUCGUUUAGAAACACUGGUACAAGUCAAUCUAUUGAUGAUUGAUUUUGAAUGCGGGUGUGAUAAAUAUGCUGCAUGACAUCGACUCUCAAAUAUCUUCAUCAUACAUUCACUAUUACGUUUUAAUAGUCUAAAUAUUCCUCUCCUCUUUACGCGGCUAUGGUCAACUGGUUAGAUGGAAAGCAAACAUAAUAUACGUAAUUUAUCAAAAGAUAAAAGAGAUCCCAAACGAAAAAGAUCAACUUGACCCAUCAUUAAAAUGAAUCGUAGCUAAAAUAAGAAUAUUCCUGAUUUGUCAUAUGGAAAAUACCAGUGGACUUGGUAGAAUCGAGCACACCUAACACAUAAAACGAAUGACUUGAACAAACAUACGUAUAAAACUUGAAUCAAUGGAAAAGAAAAAUUUUACUUUGAAUAUUCAAUUAUUUAAAUUCAAUUUCUACGUUCCUGUUCAUACGAUAAGAUUCAAAUCUUUCUACUUACUUCACAUCUUGAAGUUGAAAUUCAAAAGUCAAACUUCAUAUUGACAUUUAACUUUCAAGUUAUUGUUGUCAAUCAAGUAUUUCAUGAAAUAAAUCCUAAUGAGUUCUCGUCUUAUGCACUCAAAUCUAAAUUAUUAGUGAAUCCACAGUCAUAUGAGUCUACACGAAGAAUUUUUUUUCUCACAAUUGAAUAUGCAGAUGUCAGAUGUUCUCACAAAUACUGCAAGAGUUCAUUUGCUGUCGACGUUAGCUGUAAGCAUGAUAUUUCACAUAGUCCACACGAAUAGAAAGUAUCUCACAUUCAAUACCCAAUGUGGAUCCACUCAAUACAAUACAUUCUUCAUUGUUGCAACAUUAAUCGGAUGAGCGUGUAGAUGUGGUUAAUGAAAAUAACUAGUAAGAAAGCCAGAAAAUAUUUGUAGAGGAAAUUCAGUCUCAGUUUGAAGCUGAAAAACUGGUAUUUGUUUCGCCUAUUAUAUGGGAUCGUCUCAUUUCGAGAGAAAGCUCGAAGGUUUCUUGGGUGGUGGUAGGAGCUGAGAAAUUUCUGUUGAAGGCUGAACCUCUUCAACCACGUCAGACUCGAUCACUUGCAAUAACCAGAAAAAUAUGGGCUACUCUUUUCAUCAAACAAUAAAUCACUUAACAUCAAUGAAGUAUUUCAAAUGUCUCAAUGACAUUCUGAUGAUUAUACCUUGUAGAAUAAGCCAAUAAAUAAUGCACUAACAUAUUUCAUGUUCUAUUUUCUUUUUAUAGAAGUAAAUGAAAAUAACAAAAUUUUAUUAGAUAUUAUUCUUUUCAUUCGAAAUCUUGUGAAUAUCAAUUUGUCAUCUCCAUAUGAAUACACCUUUAAAUUGAAUGAUCGAUCUCUAGAGAGGAGAAUUUCUGAAUGAAUCAUAUGGGAAAAAAAUCUUUAAAAAAACUUGUCAGUAGGUCUGCGUGAGAAGCCAAUGUGUGGAACUAAAAAACUCUGACUGCUCUAAAUUUAUGGUAUAUUGUGAGAGAGAUUGCAAUAAUUUAGCUAAAAAACAAGCCAAGAAAACAAUCAAACUUAUGACAAUUUUUAUAAUUGAUAUGCACGCCCUGAAAUGUUAUUCAUUAGAUUCAUUUAACAUCGUUAUAGUGAAUAAAACUGAUUUGUAUCAUCAGACACCUUCUCAAAACAUAAUUUCUUUUUUCAUAAUGAUAAUAUAGACGAUGCAUACCAUAGGAAGCGGCAUAUAUCAUAUUAUACUUCGUUUCGUCAAUUUAAUUACUAUAAAAAGAUCAAAAUGCAUCGAAUCAUAUAAGAUAAUGAUUUUUAACCUGGAUUUUCUAAGGUUCUUAGCCGCAUUGUUCGAAAAAUAACGUGUAUCUUACGCUGACUAAAACAGUUUAUAACGAUUAUGUGUGCAUUGGAACCACCAAGUGAUGAUCUACAAAACUAUAUAGGGCUAUGGUCUGAAGCUUUACUACUUUAAGAGUUCUAGCUUUUGUAGUCCACAACUGAAGUCGAUUUUGCCAGCAAGUCCUGUAAAAAAAAGUUCGGUUUUUUGGUUUUUUUCGUUUUUUCAUGAAAAAAUAAUACCGUUUUUCAUGGCAUUUUUUAAAUUAAACUGUUGUAAAAAGUUUCGAAAAUCUAGGUUAAAAGUCAUUGUCUUAUAUGAUUUAAUGCGCUUUCAUCUGCCCAGGACGAAGCUAAGCUAUCGGAUCCUAUCGGUUUUUGUCGGGUUCUGAAAAAAUCCAAUGAAAUCCGGAUCGGAUUCCGGGUCACGGGAAUCCUUGAACUGGGUACUCGUUUCAAGCAUGAAAACCUCAGUUCACCAUGUACGUAAUAAAAUUUAUUCAAAAAAAUGUCUACUCACCUUUUUUCUGAAUGAGCAUUAGUGACUGAUGCCAACAGCAAAGGUCGGUUAGAGAUCUUCGAUGGGAUUCCAUCGAAUUCCUACAGUAGAAUUCGAUCAGAUUGCGAUAGUAAAGAUCCAAAUGUCAUUCUGUUCCCAAUUUCCGGCAGGAGUUUAACAGCCUUAUAGAAAUUCAUAUGGAAUCCGAUGGGCCGAUUGUUGAAAUGAUUCUUCUGCCCAGGUCAGACAAUCAGACAGUAAGAUCUUACAAGAUCGUACCUCUGAUCUUGUACGAUCUUCUAAGACUAGAUAAAAAUUGCACAGAAAAUCGUCGUCUAAGAAUUCUGUUGAUCCGUUGUAUUAUAAAAUUCUUGAAAGACCAUGUUACCUUGUAAGAUCUUUCACAAAUCUAAUAGUAUGAUCUGAUGCAAGAUUUCUUAGAUGACAAUUUUUUGUCAGAUUCUUGUAAGAUUUCGUCCAGAUUGCAAGAUCUUACAUGCAGAUGACAAGAUUUUACGUCAGAUUUUCCGACCUGGGUGGGAAUUGUAUACGUACAAAGCAGAAUUAUGGCUUUUGACUUCUGACAGAGCAUUCACAUCUACAUUUAUUUCAUGAGACGUUUGCAUCUAAAAAAAAAAGCUUUUCAAUGAGAUCUUAGCUGCAGAUGAAAAAGCUGUUAGCGCAAUCCCUGCGGGAUUAAAAUGUAAAACACGAUAUACCUAUUGUUGCUAAUUCCCGAAAAAACUCGUCUUUUCAUGUAUAUUGGGAUAUACUUCGACAUUAUUCCUUACUUUAGAGCAUAGAACUUCAAUAAGGAGAUAGGCCAUAGAUAUUUUAACUAAACUUGAGUUAUACAUCACUUCUCAUAGUACCAUAAAGCCGUCUGUCACAAUAUGUGUCUUUUCCAGACAGCACUUCGCAUGCCAUGUGACGGCCUCGAGAACUUAUCUAUCACGGUCUGUGAUGAAUAAUUAAUUAAUUAGAUAUUAGUUAAUUAACUCAGAUGUCGGUCACGGUCUGUGAGAGGGGUUGACUGAGGAUGGGGCCAUUUUUUACCCCUUCACACUUGAACACUCCUUUUAGAUCAUGUUUCACAAAAGAGGGUGAUCAAAUUUUCUUUCUUAUAUUCAUUCAUGACCGAUAAUCAGACAAGACUAGUGUCCAGUCGUACUUGGUAACAGUUAUAACUGAGUGUCCAACACACUGAAACCCAGUCAGAUUAUGCCCGUGCACAUUUUUUGUAUCUGCGACUGAAGAGAGCCUAUUCAUUACCUUCCGAUCGAUUGCAAUGUUCGAAUCGACGAUUGGAGUUGCAGUUCGAUUAAUAAAUUUAAGAAAUAGAAAUCUAUACGCAGGCUUCGCAGCGAAGGUCGCUACAAUCAACGUUAGGCCCUAACUUGGGUGUAGUGUGUAGGUGCUGCUUAUUCUACGCCACACCCAUGCGCCACGCUCACAUCCACAUCUACACUCACACCCACACCCCACCCUAGUUAGUAAUUUUGCACAAGCUGUAGCUCGUUUGAUUUUUCAUUUAAUGUUGCAUAUGAAAAGUACCCAAUGCUGUAGGAUAAAGAGAAAAUCAAUGAAAUGAAAAAUAUAUAUCUUAAAAUUUAAAUGUAAGAGGAAAAUUUUUUUUUGAUAACAUACAAAUAAUUGAUCAGAUAAAAUUGUUUCUAUCUCAAACUGUGUGACUUGUUCUGAUAACUAUUGAAAAUAAUAUCUGCAUAGAACUUAUACAUAACCUUUGAAUGAGAGAUGCAUGUAUGGAUGCAUUGUAAAUGUCUGUGGUCCAUUCUAGGUUAGCAUAUCAGUGAACUAAAUGAAAUUUUCACCAAUCAUUCUAGGUACUAAAAAAAAACCCUAAUUCUUGAAAGUUAACUGAUAGAAUAAGAGAAUGGCGUUUACUUGAUGUACUCUUUUGUGACAAACAAAUUACGGUUUAUAAGUCAGUUAAUAUUAGAGAAUUCUACUCUGCAAUAUUCACUAUAUGACUGAAAGCAGGAAUUCAGCCUAAGCGAAUUUUUACGAAUUAACUUCUCAGGACUAUGUUGUUUUAGAUAUAUUUCAUGAUACCUUUUCUGCUAGAUCAUUGAAUUCUAAAAGAUAGAAUAUUUGUAGAUGCAUUGGCUCAUGAAAAACACAAAUAUAUAGUCAGAAUCGAUCCCAGACCCAAUAGUCUUGAAAAAAAUGCGAAUUGAAAAAUUUUGAGUCUCAUAGUAUGACUAAAACUUUUGAAUUCGAUAUGUCUUAAAGAGAAGAUUAGAGAUCUCUAGAUUUUUUAGUUCUAAAAACUUUACUACUGAUUAGAAAAGAAAAUAGUGUCAAAAUCAAAAGAAAGUUUAGAUUUUCUUUGAAAAUUUUCUUAAUGAUUGUUUAGUUUAAGGUGGCUUAUAUAUUGAACUAUAAAAUAAAUUUAUAUCUUUGAAUAGUGGUUCUACAUAGUUAAAAUGAAUAUAUAUAUUUGAAAUUAAGUUCAUUUGCUAUGUUAAGUGAACUAAGAAUGGCAUAUUUUUCGUUUCCUAAUCAAACCAGAGAACGUCCAAAAGAAAUUUCAUUUUGUAUUGAUUGACAUUCGAUAAUAAGUUGAAAUUAUCUGGAUAGAUUGAAAUAGAAAAUAAAGAGAAAGACUAAGUUGAAGAAUACCAGCAAGUCCAGUUCUCUAAUCAUUCUGAACAGAUAUUGACAUAAUUGAAUAUUAGUUGUAAUUCGGAAUCAACUGAUGAUGAUCUUAUUCCAUUUAGAACUACAAUUGAUG